AUCAGGUGAAGCGUCUGACGCAGAGCCUCUUCUUCAUGUUUCAUACCCUCCCUCUCUGAUCACAGCCCUGCAGAGCUCUUUAAGACUUUUAAUGGACUUGUUUUUUAUCUCUGGAUGAGAUUCCUCUGGCGUCCUGAUCCUGGAGUCUUCAUCACAGUCUGGUAACAGGACUUCAUCUAUCCCAGCCUGCUCGUCUGAAUCUGUCUCUUCCUGCCUCGGGGGGCGGGGGGGGACUUCUCAGCUCGUCCCGUCACUGCCAUGGUGAUGUCACAGGGCACCUACACCUUCCUGGCCUGUUUCGCCGGCUUCUGGUUGGUCUGGGCCGUGGUGGUCAUGCUCUGCUGUUUCUGCAGCUUCCUGCAGCGCCGGCUGAAGCGGCGUCAGGAGGAGCGUCUGAGGGAGCAGUGUCUGAGGAGCGUGGAGAUGGAGUCGCUCAGCUGUCACCCUGCAGGAUACCCGUCUGUCCCUCCUCCUCCUGCUCCUCCUCCUCCUCCUCCUACACAGCUGCCCAGGGAGCCCCCACAGUUCUGCCCCCCUCAGACUCUGUCUCCCCCCGUUCCUCUGCAGGUUCCUCAUCCCAUGCCGCAGGCUAACUGGGUCACCAUGCCAGACACAGAUGUAUUUGGAAGGCCGCCCUGCUACGAGGAGGCGGUCCUGAUGGAAGACCCCCCCCCACCGUACAGUGAGGUCUUGGCCGAUCCACGAGGGGGCACCUACGUAAAGCCAGCCCCGCUCCGAGCUGCUCCGGCGCCGCCUCCUCCCAGAGACCACCUGGAUCCUGCUCCAGUCUUCACCUCCGAGAUCAGCAAGCCUCCAGUGAUGGCCGUGUUCCCCGAGCGAGGUUACUCCUCCCUGAUCCGCCUCCCGUCCUCGCAGCGCUGGGACUCCCUGGGUCACCUCCUCUCCAACAUGGACCUGAACCACAACAACCUGACCCCGCCUGGCGCUCGCUCCGUUCAGGCUGCAGCCGCCAUGGCGACCAUGCCUCGCAGAGUGCCCAGGACUCACCACCAAGGUGGACUACGAGGUGGACUACAAGGACUACCAGGAAGUAUACAGGGGAUUCCAGGAGGGAUUCAAGGACUCCAAGGGGGGAUACAGGGUUUCCAAGGAGGGUUACAGGGGCUUCAGGGGGUCCAUGGACUGAGGGGAAUGGAGCCCAGCUGUGGCCUGCCCACAGCCUAUCCUCUGCUGGGCCGAAGCACUGCAGUCUGAACCAGACCCCCUUUAAGAUGGUCCACUCUGAGGAGGUCUCGAACAGGAUCUCUGUCUGCUGAACACUUAAGAGGUUUAAAGAGAUAAA